ACAGCUUUUAACUUUUGAUAAGAAUUCAAUAUCCAUCAUGUCUAAUUUCAAAAGUCAAAGUUUCAAGAUCAGAGAUUCGGAAAGAGAAGUUGUUUCUGUUUUGACCAAAAAUUAUGAUUAUGACUAUGAAUUUCAAAAAAGAGAAAGUGAAAUUCUUGAUAUUAUUAUGGAAUUUAAAGAAUAG